AUGGACGGAGUUCCAGCUGAGACCAUCGUCCCGUUCGUGAUUUUGCUGCUGACGCUGGAGUUGGAUGACCUCGACAUGUUCAUGUGCCGCGUGCCCGCACGGGCGCACUACCUUGACAUCCUGCAGAGUGGCGCAGAGGAAGAGAUGACUGUGCUUCUGGCGAAGCUGCGCGCCGCGGUGCCGCCGGAGCGACUCAUCGUCGAGUACCGACCGCAGAAUAUUGACUACGCCGCGGCUGCCAACGAAGAGUAG